GCUGGGUUUGGGGGUCAAUCAUGGGUCAGUGAGUAGCCUAGUAGAGGCUAAAUUCUCACUUGUGACGCGAUUCAGUUACUUGUCAGUGUUUGUGACACACAAUCAUCUAUUCUUUGUGUUAGCUACUCUUAGUUAAAGGAAAGUUGUUUUACCAUUGUGCAUUACAAAAAAACAAUACAUACACAAUUUGAGCAAACAACUUGUAUGAAACACAUCACAAGAUAUAGAUCUACGUCACAGUUUCUCUUUAAAAUUACAUGCAAAAUUUAUAACAAACAAACAAGAAGACUGAUGAUAUUUCAGAGUCUUGGCAGAGGAAAAAUAAUGCCUUUUGAAAUAAUAAGAUGUCAAAUUUGAUAGUUGAUGUAAAAAGAUUCUAACAGACAUGGCAGCCAGUGAGGAUCACAGAAAACAUUUAUGUGACUUAAAACCUGACCAGCUAAAUGGAGAAAUCAAAAGUGUAUCCUUGGAAUCAGACCUGUUAGAGCUUGUCUUAAAUGGAAAUAUCAAUGAACUUAUAGAGAAAUGGAAUUUUAUUCAAAGGAACCUGGAUAUAGCAGCUGCUUUUCUAAAAUCAGCAGAGCUUGGCAACAAAAGAAUAGUGCAAAUUUUUAUUGAGAAUGGUGCUGAUAUCAACAGUACCAAUAUUUUAGGCAAUACUGCCCUGCACAUAGCAGCACAACAUGGCUUUUUCGAUUUGGUAAAGAUACUUGUCAGAAAUGGUGCCAAAGUUAAUGAACAAAAUUUGAAUGGUGACACAGCUCUCAUGCUGGGUGUAAGAAGUGCUUGCUCUUUGCCUCUCAUUGAAUAUCUGCUAUGUGAUGAAAGUGUUGCCAAUGUGAACUUGCAGAACUAUCUGGGUAAAACAGCUCUUAUGAUUGCCAUUGAACAACAUGACUUUAGUGCUAUGAAACUUUUAUUGUCUCAUAAAGAAAUCCUAUUAGGGUUAAAAGACACAAAUGGUAGGACAGCAUAUGAUAUUGCCAAGGAUUUAAGGUUAGGGGAGCUUUUUAGCAUAUUUGAAUCAUGUAGAGUUAAACUAGUCAAUCCAUUAUUUUUAGCUAUUAAACAAAAUAGUGUAGCACUGAUUAGAUCUGUCCUUUACACUCUGGGUAAAGAAGAAGUUAAUACAUUAGAUGACAGUGGCUUUUCCCCGCUAAUGGUUUCCUUGAAAGGGAAGAAUGUGAACAUGGAAAUCAUUAGCAUGUUACUAAAAGCUGGAGCUGAUGUUAAUGAGGGCUCACCUGUAGAUAAUUUGACACCUCUUUUCUUGGCAUGCAAAGCAGGUUGUUUGCAAGCAGUUAAGCUGCUCGUAAAAGAAGGGGCAGAUGUUAAUUCUCAGACAACUUCUAAACUUACUCCCUUAAUGUGGGCCAGCCAGUACCCUACUGGAAUAACUGAAUUCCUAAUAGACAACAAAGCGAAUGUCAAUUUUAAGAACAAUAAUGGGGAAACAGCCUUGAUGUUUUCUUUAAGACAGUGGAAUAAAACUUGUUUUGAAUUGCUGAUUAAAAAUGGGGCUGAAAUCAAUGAUGCAGCCUUUAGUCUGACUGUUAAUAUGAAAUGGUAUAAAAUGCUAGAUAAAGGUAACUUAGUUGUUUCUAAAAAUGUUCUAAAUAAAACUUUCUUGUCAGCAUGUAAGGAAAAUGACUUGAAGUUAGCCGAGUUUCUAUUGGAGAAUGGGGCAGAAGUUAACCACAUAGGAAAUAACAAAGCAAUCCCUCUAGCCUUAGCACUGGGCAAUGUCAAGCUAGUGAACCUUCUUAUCAGUUAUGGAGCUGAUGUGAAUUUAAAAACAAAGUCUGGUUCUUGCCCAUUAAUUAAGGCUGUAAAGCUGGAUGAUUGCCAAGCCUUGGAAAUUUUAAUCAAAGAAGGAGCAGAUCUCAAUGCAGUGAAUUCCAAAGGUUACACAGCACUCAUGGUUGCUGCCCAAAAAGAAAAAUUGCAUGUCAUGAAUAUUUUAUUAGAAAAUGGUGCAGAUGUGAACUACAUGUCAACUGCAAAUGGUCACCUAUCUGCUUUAAAUGUGGCACUCAGUAAUGACAAGACAGAGUCUGUCAGUUUACUGUUAAGCAGGGGAGCCUUCGUCAACCAGAUAGCCAACUCUCCAUUGAAGCAGGCACUGUCUGGGGAUCCAAAGAAUAUGGAGCUGUGCUUGAAAUAUGGAGCAGACCCAAACACACGAUUUUCAGAUGCCUCCACUGUGCUUAUGUUGGCCAUAAGCUCUCAAUGCGAUCAUAGCAAAAUCAAACUUCUUUUGGACUUUGGUGCAGAUACUAACAUAACAAACAAUAAAGGAGAAAGUGCUUUGAUUUUAGCUGCAAGGCACAGCCCGACAAUCAUUCUAGAAUUAUUAAUCCAAAUUGGUGCUGAUAUAAACAUAGAAGAUGAACAUGGCUCAUCUGUUCUUUUACAGACAUUACCAUAUUCAUCGUCUGACUAUAAUAAAAUAGCUUUGUUGAUUGACAGUGGAGCAAAUGUAAAUAGUAGGAAUCAAAUGGGGGAUACGCCACUCUUGGUGGCUGCCCAAUGCUCCAAUGUCAAUAUUAUGCGGUUGCUUGUAGCUAAAGGUGCUAAUGUAAAUGUCCAAGACCAAGGAGGUUAUACUCCCUUGAUGCAUGCAGUUAUUACAGGGAGCUAUGAGAAAUUGAAAUUCCUCAUUGACUGCAAUGCAAAUUUAGAACUUCAAAGCUUCAGUGGCAUGACUGCACUUAUUGUAGCAGCAUGCAGACAGCCUCGUAUGCUUAAUUACACAGUAGCAGGGGCCUGUUUCAUCAUUAAGUUGCUGUUAGACAAGGGCGCUAACCUGAAUGCUCAAGAUCAGAGAGGUUUCACUGCUCUGAUGCAUGCAGUUAUUGAUAGAUGCUAUGAGAAAGUGAAUGUGUUAAUUCAAUAUAAAGCAGAUCUAAAUAUUAAAAGCUUUGGAGGCCAUACUGCAGUUUUACUUGCAACCUCUCAGGGAAAUACUGCAAUUUUGGAAGCUUUGUUGGAUGCAGGUGCCAGUGUUAAUAUUGAAAAUGACAAUGGUGACAGUGUUAUCAGAUUGUUAUUGCCUCAUCUUUAUAGCUGGUCACCCCACACACUCCCUACAAAUUGGCUAAUAUGUUUCAAGUUAUUAUUGGCAGCUGGUGCUAAAGUAGACUUGCAAAAUCCUAACAAUGCAUUACUUUUUCAUAAACUUAUUGUUUUUUAUGAUGAGCCUGAACUAAUUGACCUGUUUAUAAAUACUGGGGCAGCACCCACAGCUAUUUCAUUGGCAGCUUUGAGAGAUAUAUGCACUAUUCCUUCUCAUUAUACUUUCUGUGAUAAUAUUGAGAUUGUCUCCCCUUUGUUAACAGCUAUGUUUGCCAAAAACAACAACCUAGUUUCCUGUUUUCUAAAAUGUUUGUACCUUCACAAGAGUGAUGUCAGCUUGAGUCAGAAUAAGGGCCUACAUUAUCGGGUUUACAGAGAGAAUACAUCUGCACUGAGUGCAAUCGUUCCAAAUAUACCAUUCAGUUUAUCUUGUUUAAGUUUUCUGGCGGUAUCAACAGCUGUUGGAAAUGGCCUAGACAGAAAAUCUAGAAUUGAUUCUUUACCUAUCCCAACUGUGAUAAAGAACUCUCUCCUUUUCCUUACACACAAACCUUGUGUUCCUGAUAACAAAGUCAAAGAAUAUACUCAAAGGGUUGACUUUCAAAAUUAUACUCAACAGGGACUUUUAGGUCUUGACAUUGCAGAUUAGUGCAUUCAAUUAGUUGCUAUGUAUUUAAUCUAUAUUUAAUCUAUUAUAUAUGCUGUAAAUUAGCAUUUUUUAAAAAAGACUUUCAUUGAAACAUUAUGUAUAUGUUAAUUUGGUAUUAAUAUAUAUUUUUUUCUGUAGCUGCUAAGCGCUACAUCUUCCCCUGUGGUUUGGGGAUUAAUGCAAUCAUUUUAAUUAGGCUUUAGAUUAAAUGGGAGGUGCAGUGGCUGAGAGGUACAGCACUUGGUUUUGAACUGGGGGUCCCUGGUUUGAAUCCUAGUGAAGGGAUUUUUAAUUUCGGGAUCUUUGGGCAGCUCUGAGUCCACCCAGCUCUAAUGGGUACCUGACAUUAGUUGUGGAAAAGUAAAGGCGGUUGGUUGUUGUGCUGGUCACACGACACCCUUGUUAACUGUAGGCUACAGAAACAGAUGACCUUUACAUCAUCUGGCCUAUAGACCACAAGGUCUGAAAGGGGGAACUUUUACUUACUUUACUUUAGAUUAAAUAUAAGGUUAAUUUUACAAUAAGAGAAAUACAUUAAUGUGUAAAGAGAAAGAUUGACAUUAAAAUUUAUUGAUUUAGUACCAUAUGUUUACAUUCUGCUUAUUUGCCAAUCACCUCUAUAUCAAAUCAUGCUGCCUUAUUGCAAUAAUAAUUUAUAUUUUUAUUAUUCAUUAUUUCAUAUGUAAGCCGGGCCAGAUUUAAAUAACAAAAGGCCAUGGGCAGAUUUUUGUGGAGGUGCCCUUAUCCUUUUUAGUAGACCUAAAAUUAUCUCAGUUCUAAACAAUGACAAAAGUAAUUAUAGAUUGAAUAUCAUUUUUCUUCCUCUUUUUUUUUUUGAAUAUUAAGUGUGCAUAUUUUUAAAAAGUUUUUAGAUUUUUAAACUUUUGGAAAAUCCCCCUUGCCUUUUUGUUUGGUCAGCUGUGAGCAGCUGCAUAUUUUGGGCUGCUGUAAAUCCUUCCCUACAUACAAGCAUACAAAACUAUUCCUUGUGUGCAUACUUUACAUUUGUAGCAUUUGUUUAAUGGGUUCUUUUACUAUAUUAUGCACCUCUAGUUGAAAAGAAAUGCACUAAAAGUUUCAUGUUACACAGUAACCUCAUGUGUAGAGUGCCAAGUAAGUUGGUCUCAGCUCUUUACAAUAUAAUGGAAUGUUAAUUCAUUUCAAAACUAAGAUAUUUAGAAUGUCAAUAGUCACAAAAGUUAAAGUUGUUUAGUGCUGAUGACACAUUGUUAAAUCAAUGCUGUUGUGAUGAGUGAAAUAAUGUACAUGAAGGGAAUCGGAUGGACAGUAGAAUUCAGAGAAGAUGUUUGUUUGUCAUUAAAUCCAUAAUUAUUUUUAGACAGUGUGAGUGUACUGCAGCAUUCAUAGCUGAUGAUAGUUAUAGGCAUUGAUUACAUAGUUGAUUUUAGACAGUGAGAGUGUAUUGCAGCAUUAAGAGCUGAUGCUAGUUAGACAUUUUUAGAGUGAGUGAAUAGGAUGUGAAUAUUGCAUAUCCUUUAUGUACAAAAUAUUACCUACAAAAUGUUACUUUUUUUUUUUGGUUUUAUUAAUAUGACGUAGAAAUUCACACAUUAUUGGCCAGUGUGUUCUAUACAUUUUUCAGUCAACAAUUUCUUUGUCUAUGCAAACUUGAUUUUAAAAAAAUUGUUUCUCCCUUUUUUUUUCCUCUUAAAGCCUGGUAAUAGAAAACAAAUAUAGGCCUUAAAUGUUUAUAUUUUCUAUAGAGUGAAAGAUUCAUUUUACAAAUAUAUUGUUAUUGUAAUGUAAUUUAUGUAAAAAUUUUGUAACCUCAUUUUAGUGCAUGCUUCCCUCAAUUCCAAAACCAGUACCUCGAUAUGUUUCAUAAUGCCAGAGUGAAUCUUGACUACAAUAUUAAAGUUAUUUACUGUUAUUAGAGUCGGCAUAAGUGUUUACAUUUUCAGGUUUAUAGAGAGAAUACAUGUGUAUGGAUUGCAAUUAUUCCAUGUCUAUGCAAAUUUAAAUAAAUAACCACCCUCUAUUUUUUUUCUUAAAGCUUGUUUUACAAGGGGCACAAGCAGGCCUUAAAUGUUUAUUUUCUAUGCUAUAUAGAUAAAUGUUAAAACAUUGUUUUAUUAUUCAUUUUACAGAUACAGUAUUGCAUUGUUAUUAAGUCAUAUUUUAAAAUCUCUACGUGCAUGCCAAACCAACAUAGAGUGCAUCAAGUUACUUGUAUUACACUGACAACAGUUCUGAUUUCUAGUAGAGUUACAGGUUUUGUUGUAAGCAAAUCUAGUGUUGUCUAGGUACGGGUAAUAAACUUUUCUUUCAAAAAUCAGAACAUAUUUUGUUUUCUAAGUCAAAACUACAAAAGCUUCUAAAGAAAAAAAAAAACUUAAAGAAGAUCACUUAACUUAGUUAAAAGCCUCCUAAAGUGUUGAAAAUGAGAAUUGCUACAGGGCAGAAAAAGAUUAUUUUUCUAACAGUUUUUUAGUUUAAUUCAUUUGUUUGAUGAGUUAUGUCCCUUUUCUACGGGGUAAGUUGGUAACGACAUAGUUGAAUAAUCAACUUCUUUUCUGAUUUUAAAAAAAAUC